GCUUCCCUCCAGCCUGCUGCAGCGACGGCAACAGCUCUGCUAAGACCACAUGGCCACUUCUGGAAAAGUUAUCAGAUGCAGAGCUGCCGUUGCCUGGGCCGUGGGCAAGCCACUCUCUGUCGAGGAGGUGGAGGUUGCACCUCCAAAGGCAGGUGAAGUCCGUAUCAAGAUUGUAGCCAGUGGCAUCUGUCGCACAGAUGACCACAUUCUGGAAGGUUGCUUUCCUAAUGUGGAUUUCCCAGUUAUCCCAGGCCACGAAGGAGCUGGGAUUGUGGAAAGCGUUGGAGAAGGAGUGACCUCUGUGAAACCAGGAGACAAAGUCAUCCCCCUUUGCCUUCCACAGUGCGGGGAAUGCAGCUUCUGCCUGAAUCCCGAAUCCAACUACUGCCUGAAGUCCCAUCUCUCUGAACCACAAAACCUGCUGCCUGACAAGACCAGCCGGUUCACUUGCAAAGGGAAGCGGAUCCACCACUUCCUGUGGGUCAGCACCUUUGCAGAAUACACCGUGAUCCCAGAGUACGCUGUUGCGAAGAUAGAUGCUGCUGCACCUCUGGACAAAGUCUGCUUGCUCGGCUGUGGGUUUCCCACAGGCUAUGGGGCUGCCAUCAACACCGCCAAGGUAAAACCAGGCUCCACCUGUGCCGUCUUCGGUGUCGGAGGAGUUGGCCUCUCUGUUGUCAUGGGAUGCAAGGCGGCUGGAGCUUCCCGCAUCAUUGCUGUUGAUAUCAACAAAGACAAGUUUGCCAAGGCCAAGGAGCUGGGAGCCACCGAAUGCAUCAGUCCUCGGGACUUCAAGAAGCCCAUCCAGGAGGUGCUCACUGAGAUGACUGGUCAUGGCGUGGACUACUCCUUUGAGGUCAUCGGGCAUGCGGAUACCAUGACUGCUGCCCUGGCCUCCUGCAAUAUGAACACUGGCGUCUGCGUGAUGGUUGGGGUACCAGCUCCUGGUUCAGUGAUUUCCAUCGAUCCUAUGCUUCUGCUGUCUGGGCGUACAUGGAAGGGGACUCUGCUUGGAGAUUGGAAGAUGAGAGAUUGUAUCCCCAAAUUAGUUUCCAGCUAUUUGGAGAAGAAAUUCAACUCAGACUUGCUGAUCACGCACACGCUGCCAAUUGCUAAAGUGAACGAGGGAUUUGAGUUGUUACGUACAGGAAAAAGUAUUCGCAGCGUCCUGCUUUUUUGA